AUGGCAACAUCGGACCCCUUCGACGCCGCACUCGACCUCCUCCGCCGCCUACCCCCCUCAUCGACCAAACAAAACCUCGAAGGCAUAAUCUCCCUCCAGCCCUCCCUCGAAGAAGACCUCCUCUCCUCCGUCGACGUAGCCCUCACCGCCAAACGCUGCAAACAAUCCGGUCGCGACUACCUCUGCUGCGACUACAACCGCGACGGCAACUCCUACCGCUCCCCGUGGUCCAACCUCUUCGAUCCACCCAUAGACGAGGAAGAUGCCAACGAAGUCACACCCCAGGGCCGCGUCCGACGGAUGGAAGAGGCUUUGAACAGUGCUGUUGAUGUGUAUCGCGAGCUGUACUAUGAGGGAGGCGUGAGUAGUGCGUAUCUGUGGAGUUUGGAUGAGGGGUUCGCAGGGUGCGUACUGUUUAAGAAGGAGGUGACGGGGAAGGGACAGGGCGGAUGGGAUAGUAUCCAUGUGCUGGAGGUGAAUGAGGCGGCGACGAAGAGGAGUGCGAGUUAUAAAUUGACGUCAACGGUAAUUCUGGAUCUUGGGCUGCAGAGCACGCAGGUGGACAGCUUGGAGUUGGCAGGCAAUCUGACACGGCAGACUCAACAAAACAUGCCACUGAAUGGACUGAGGGACAAUGAGAUUGAGCAGAGCCAUGUUGUGAACAUUGGCAGGAUGGUGGAGGACAUGGAGACACGAAUGCGGAAUCUGCUGCAGGAGGUGUACUUUGGCAAGGCGAAGGAUGUGGUGGGUGAUCUCAGGAGCAUACAGCCGCUGAGUGAGGCCGAGAGGGAGCGAAAAGCACAUCAGGAUGUCAUCGAUAAGAUGGGACGAUAA